CGCUGACACCGAGCGAACACAAGGCGCACACACAACCAUUCACAUCCACUCACACAAGCAGGGCUCACAAUAUUAUCGACACAUCCAAGUCUGAGCACAUCCGUAGAGAGCACGCUGAAGUGACAGAAAGCGUCUUCUGUUAGAGGAAACGAGAGGAAAACAGCAAUAAGAAACAGAGGAAAUCCCCCAAAAGGAAAUGCCAAUCGCAGCCGCUGGACAGCCCACGACUCAGGAGCCUCGCGUUUGCCCCCGGCUGCCCUCCACCCCAGAACCUGUCCCUAAAGGGGCUGAUUUAUUCGACGAGGCGGGGGCGGCGGAGUCUGCGGAGCGGACAGACUACGGGGGUGCAGAGGGCGGCUUUAGUUACAGCCACAGCGGUGCACGGAGCUUCAUACACCCCGGAUCCAGCAGCUCUCCGCCGCAGUCCCCGACCGCGUCCUCCUCCUCGUUUCUCUUCCACCCCCUUCACCCGCACCAAAUGGCUAUGGAGCCCCCAAGGACUCGAUCGCGUUCUCGCUCCGGAUAUUACCAGCAGUACAGUGUGAAUGGCAAUGGGAUUACCGGGAGUACGGUCAUGGGAUCCAACCACCACCAUCAGCAAGUCCAUCCGCAGCAGCUGCACCCGGCCGGCUGCGCACCACUUGGAGCCCACGGAAGCCAAACAGACCAGCACAGAGCCCCAGGAAGUAACUCCUCAGCCGGCAUCCAGAGGCUCCCCUCAGUAAAUGGCUCACACCGCAUUUCAGCACCAGGAGCUGCUGGCGGGUCGUACCACUGCCACCCCGACCAUGCGUAUGGAGAAGAAAGUGAUAAGAGUGAGGAAAGCCCCAGUCCGAAGCGCCAGAGGCUGUCCAGCCAGUCUGUCCUGGAGCAGCUCACCUCCUCUGCCCCACCACCAUCCACCCCAUCACCCCCCAUUCGCCCCUGGGAGUCAGGACCUGCCAACCGCCGACCACCUCAUCCCCAUACCCACUACCACCAGGAGCGAUGCCUCACCCCAGCGCGGCUCAGACGCAGCCCACCAGCGAGGCGCCAGCGUGGCCGUCUCUCCAGACCGUCUCGUCAUGUGCCUCCUCAUCACCACCCCACCACACCAGGGCCCGUCAGGCUAUCCUCUGACCUCCAGGACGAGAACUACCACAUCCCUCACCUCCCCACACACCAGACAUACCCUGCACAUGCCCCUAGUGCCUAUGGCCAGACCCCCUCUGCUGGGCCAGCGCCUGGGUCAGAGGAGCCUCGAGCCUUCCACCCCCCUGCCCUGUCCCCUCGACUGUUACACCCGGCUGCACACCACCACCACCACCAUAAUCAGCAGCAGCAUCAUGCCACACAGCAGCAAGGAGCCAUGCUUAUGGACCUACACGAACAACUCCAGCAGGGCAGUGUCCCCGUCUCGUAUACAGUGACCCCGGUGCCUCCUCAUGGGCUGGCGGCGCCUCUGUGCAGUGGGCAGCACCUCCCCCCUGCCUGCUCCUCUCAACAGCAGGUCCCUGCCUGCAGCACAGUGGUCUUCAGCACUGGACAGCAUUACCACCCGAUGCUUCAGACAUGUUCAAUGCAGCAUCUCCCAGUGCCCUAUGCUUUCCCCUCUCUGUUGUCCAGUGACCCUCAGUUUCUGCUGCCCCCUCCCCCUCACCUUGCCCACCAUCCUCCACACAUUCACGCCCCAGGACAGUUCCUGCCUUUCCAGACACAGCAACCACGAUCGCCUUUACAAAGAAUUGAAAAUGAGGUGGAGCUCCUGGGAGAGCAGCUGUCUGUUGGUGGAGGCUUUAGCUUCAGUCACCAUCGACAUCACCACCACCACCAGCCCCCCUCCGCCCUGCCCCCCUCUACCCCACUGCAGUUCCUGUCCCACCAUGAUCCGCUAUCACAGGAGCUCUUUACAAUGCCCUAUCCUCACUUCAUGCCUCGAAGAAUAGCAAGUCGUCGGUACCGCUCUCAACAAACUGUACCUCCAUCACCGUACCACCCUAGCUUCCUGCCUUAUUUCUUGUCUAUGCUUCCUGUGCCCCCAAAUGUAGCCCCCGCUAUAAGUUUGGAGCUGGAUGUGGAGGAUGGGGAGGUCGAAAACUAUGAGGCCUUGUUGAAUCUUGCUGAGCGUCUUGGAGAGGCCAAACCUCGAGGUCUAACAAAGGCAGACAUAGAACAGCUGCCGUCAUACAGGUUUAACCCCAACAACCACCAGUCUGAACAAACAAUGUGUGUGGUGUGCAUGUGUGACUUCGAAUCACGCCAGCUCCUGAGGGUUUUGCCUUGUAACCACGAGUUUCAUGCAAAGUGUGUGGACAAGUGGCUUAAGGCUAAUCGGACCUGUCCUAUUUGCCGAGCGGAUGCCUCUGAAGUCCAGCGGGAUUCGGAGUAACCUCGUAUCCCACCGUUUCUAUAACCUAAACUCCAAUGUGGAUGCACAAACCAAUCAGUGAACUGUAUUUUUAUGCUAACCUAUGGAGUGAACUUCUCCUACUUUCCGUGGACCAGUGCUUCUGAAUCCCAAACACCAGACUCCAAACUGUUAUUCCGGGACCGGUUUUUGGGGAAUCUUCUACUGACUGUGCUCAUUUUAGGCCUUUGAACUGUCGCCCUGUUACUCUGCCUUCUGCUACAAAUGGCCUUGAAACACUCUCACCGCCGCAGUGUCAUGUGUUGGUGGAUAUUUAAAGUUGUAUUUUUUAACUAAUUAAAAGCUCUUUUAAGAUGAUGUAACUUCCUCAGUCUGUUACCGUAUGGACAGGAAAAGAUUUUUGAAAGCUUAUUGUAUAGUUGUACUAACACCCCAGAGGGAGGAUUGACAGUCCAAAGAUUAUGAAUUUUUAUAACUAAGAUACCUUUAUUGUUAUUAAUCUGGUUGUUAAUACAGUGAGAAUUGUCAUAACAAACAGAAACUGUCCUUUUUACUAAACAUUAAAAUUUGAAUUUUGAAUCGAA